CCCUGGUCUUGGAGAAGGAGAAGGAUGUGCAGCAACUGUCCGAGCUGAUGACAGGGUCCGGGCUGCUGCAAAACGAGCUGCGCAUGAAGGGCAAGGUGAUCCCGUCGGGGGCGAAAACCGACAUGACGAUGCGGGAAAUACGGGAAAAACUCCCAGCGGACGUGGUGUUUCACUGGAAGACCAACGUGAAAACCCCGUAUUUGCGGCCCCUGCCACAACUCGCCUACGACCACGUGGACAAUCUGUGGUCGAAGGGCUGCUGGUUGAUAGAACAAACCGCAAACCGGUUGGGCGGGGGCGCGGUGGAGUGGAAAAAACCGAUCUGCUUCCGGCACUUGGGCAGCGG